GCUUAGUCUCACGGUUAGUCUAGACGGGAGACAACCGCAGGCAUUUUACGCCGAGGUCGAUAGAAUGGCAGGGAUAUUUAUUCGUCGGAUCCCACGACUCUGUAAUAGUUUGGUAUGCAGGAAUCAUCUAAAACAACCACCAAAUCGUGUGUGCUCCUCAGAAACUCCGUUGUUUACAGACCACACUGAGCCACCUAUUCCUCCAUACAAAGAACGUUCAGGCGAAGAUGAAGAAUGCAUGCGAGCAAGGCUUUUGUACCAGAGUAGAAAGCGUGGAAUGCUAGAAAAUGGCUUGCUGCUAAGUACUUUUGCUGGACUGCACCUCAAAGACUUCACAUUACCGCAGCUGAAAAUGUAUGAUCGUUUGAUCAAUCGACCAACAAAUGACUGGGAAAUAUACUACUGGAUGACAGGAGUAAAACCCACACCAGAUGAAUAUAACAAUGAAGUGAUGGAUAUGUUAAAAAAGCAUGUAUGUAAUGAAGAUAAAGCUUCAAGGAUUACCCAGCCUGACCUAAACUAAAUCCCUGCCAACUUCUCUGUGGUUAAUUAAGAAAGAAGUCACCGAUUGGCUGCUGGUAGCUAAGUGUAGCACAAUUCUGCUGCCUGUGGGAUCCUUUCAUGUCAGUGUUUUCUAUGGAAUCAUCAUUCACCGCCGCUGUAAAAUACUGAAGUUUGUGGCUGUCUAGUACGUUAACACAAGAAUAGAACACAGAAAAACUCUUUUCAGUAGCCAUGCUUGUUAGAAAUAACAUGAAUUAUUUUAAUUCACAUAUUUUAGGUGUGGAUUGGCUUGUCUUCAUGUAUGUACAUAUGCACAUGUGUAGCAUAGUGCUUGCACAAGAGUUAUAAAUAAAGUAUUGUUUGAAACUUCA